AUGACUUAUCAAAAUACUUUGAACCUUAUUUCUCGGCAUACGAAGACUGUUCCCAACUAUAGCUGUGGUGUACGGAAAAAUCUGAUAGCUGCCAUCGGGGGUCUUGACUCUGAAAUCUCCCUCCACAUGGCUACCAUCUUAGGCCUCUACAAGAUUCCACAGCUUCUCGCUUUCCUGAAGACCAUAACGUUCAACAACACUGCUGGGGACCAGGUGCUUUUCAAUGAGAAUGGCGAAUUACAAGCUGGCUUUGAUAUUAUCAACUGGGUAAUCUUUCCAAAUAAAUCUUUCUCAAGAGUAAAAGUUGGGAGCAUGGAUCCUCAAGCUCCACAAGGCAAACAGUUCUCCAUUAAUGAGAAGACCAUUGAGUGGCCUCAAGGAUUUAACCACGUUAUGCCCUCUGCUUUGUGUAAUGACCCCUGUGAUCCAGGUACUAGUAAGCAAAAGAAAGAAGAGGAACCAUUUUGUUGCUAUGAUUGUGUUCCAUGCCCGGAAGGAAAGAUGACAAAUGAGACAGAUAUGAACGACUGUUUCGAAUGCCCAGAAGGUAAUUAUCCAAACAAGGAGAAAACACAUUGCCUCCAAAAAUAUCUAAACUUCUUGUCUUAUGGUGAACCUUUGGGCAUGAGUGUGGCUCUUCUGGCUUUUGGGCUUUCUGCAAUGACAGCUUUGGUGCUCGGAGUCUUUAUCAAGCAUCGGAACACGCCCAUCGUCAAAGCCAACAACCAGACCCUCACCUACACUUUGCUCAUCUCCCUCUUACUCUGCUUCCUCUGUUCCUUCCUUUUCAUCGGCCAACCCAAUAUGCUUUCCUGCUAUUUAAGGCAAACUGCUUUUGGAAUCAUCUUCUCAGUAGCCAUUUCUUCUGUCCUAGCAAAAACUAUCCUUGUAAUUCUAGCUUUCAUGGCCACUAAGCCAGGAACACAGAUAAGAAAAUGGGUGGGGAAAAGACUGGCAUAUUCUAUUGUUUUCUGCUGCACAUUUAUCCAAGCAAGUAUUUGUGUAAUAUGGCUAUAUAUUGAUGCUCCAUUCCCACAGCUGGACAAGCACUCUUUGCCGAAAGAAAUCCUAGUGAAAUGUAACGAAGGAAAGGCCAAUAUGUUUUAUUAUGUUCUCGGCUACAUGGCGUUUCUGGCUCUCCUGAGUUUCAUUGUUGCUUUCUUUGCUCGGAAACUGCCAGACACAUUUAAUGAAGCCAAGUUUAUCACCUUCAGCAUGUUGGUCUUUUGCAGUGUGUGGGUGUCUUUUGUACCAACCUACCUGAGCACCAAAGGGAAAUACAUGGUGGCUGUGGAGAUCUUCUCGAUCUUGGCCUCCAGCACUGGAUUACUCUGUUUCAUCUUCUUCCCCAAGAUGUAUAUAAUUGUCUUGAGGCCUGAAUUGAACAACAAAGAACAACUAGUACGGCAUGAUAAGGAAAGAAGUACUUGA